AGAAGAAGACUGACAGCCGCUGCUUUCAUUAGCUCGUGGAAGCGACAUAUUCACUUUUCUCUCCCUCAUGUUGGCCCGAUGUGGGCAAUUGUCUGGAAAACUUCUCCGAUUGAGCAGAAUCAACUUUAGCAUCUCCAAAACCAGGACAUUUAUCUCUAGUCUUUCUUCUUGUCAUUUUUCAUCCCCACGUUCUGUUUUCACUUCUUUUUUUGCAUAUUCAGCUCUCCCACGUUUCUCUCUCCAUCACUCUCAUCUCUCAGCAUCCUGUUAUCCUGCACUGAGCUCUGACAGAACGAUCCGUUUUCUCUCUGCAUCCACUCGUCCUGCCGAACACAUGGAUUUAAAGGGAGUUCUGGAGGUUUUGGAACAGCUCGCUCCAUUAUCAUUGGCUGAAUCCUGGGAUAAUGUUGGCCUAUUGGUGGAACCUAGUAGACCUCGUCCAAUCAAAACAAUCCUGCUCACUAAUGACCUGACGGCGGCGGUCAUGGAUGAAGCUGUAGGGAUGAAGUGUGAUCUGAUCGUCUCCUACCAUCCGCCACUCUUUCGGCCUUUCAAGCGUUUGCUGCAGAAGGACUGGAAGCAGCGUUUGGCAGUCAGAGCAAUCGAAAACGGCAUUGGCAUUUUCUCCCCACACACUUCAUGGGACAGUGUUGAGGGAGGCGUUAAUGACUGGCUUGUUGGAGGAAUGGGUAGAGGUAAAGUGUCGGUAUUAAGUCAAGCAGUCUCUAGCGGUGCACAGAAACACAGGAUUGAGUUCUCAUGCAUGGAUGAUGGAGAAGUAAACAGCCUUUUGGAGCAGCUGAGACACACAGAGGGCAGCGAAACCUUUCAGUGCACUAGAAUAAAAAGUGAGAGUGGAGGACAGCAGGUGAAUCUGACCUGUAGGAGCUCAGCGUUGACUGGUGCGGUGCAGAUUCUGCUUUCACAUCCACACACCAGCAAAUCCCUGAACAUCACACAAGUCCAACAGCCUCCUCUGUUGGGCUGUGGUCAGGGUCGACUCAGUGUUCUGGAGGAACCAGUGUCUGUUUCUACAGCAGUGCAGAAGAUGAAAACACACUUGGGUUUGCCUCAUUUGAGACUGGCCUUGGGGGACCAGCAGACAUUAGACUCGAUGGUGAAGACGGUUGCAGUGUGUGCCGGUUCUGGAGCUUCUGUCAUACAAGGAGUAACAGCAGACCUCUACAUCACUGGUGAGAUGUCCCAUCAUGAGGUGCUGGAUGCGGUUUCUAAAGGCACCAGCGUGAUCCUCAGCGAGCACAGCAACAGCGAGAGAGGCUUUCUGGGUGUUUUCAGAGAGAGACUAAGCGCUCGACUGGACCACACGGUUAGCAUAGUGAUCUCUCAGACUGACCGAGAUCCACUACAGGUGGUCUGAUCUCACUCUCACAGCCGUUUACUGUGUAAUUCAGCCAUACUGGACUGCAUAUAUGCAUAUCACAAAGAAUAUUCAAUGUGUGACCUGGAGUUUGUAAGUGCGACAGUAACAUUGUCCUAUAAACAAGUGAAAUAAA